AUGGCUGCCCGUCGUUCCGGCCUCGGACCCGUGGUGCUGUUUGCAGCCGCGUGCUGGCUAGUGGACCUGUGGACCUCGACUGGCGCCCUGCCACGCGAUUUGGCACUGGCAGUGGCAGAUGAUGCGCCCCAGGAGGAUGCCGGCGCCUUCUUCACCAAGGUUUUCGCAGCUGCCGCACAGGGAGUCACGGCCGCCCUCGUUGCUGCCGUCUUGUCCGCCAUGUGCGAGCCGCUUGUGAACCGGCUGCUGGUGAAGCGAAUGACUGUCGCGCAGGCUUACAGUGAGGUGACCUUCAGCCUCGUUGCCAACUUCUUCCUUACCACCUUCCCGACGAACAUGCUGAAGUUCCCGGUCUUCGAGAUCAUCAACAGGGCCAUGAUGUUCACAGACCUGUCGCCAGGAGUCAGUGGCUUGAUCAGUGGAUGGUUGUUCUGCACCAUCAUGCUCCCGGUGACCAACUACCGCUUCCGCAAGAGCAUGGGGUGGGAGAUCAAGGUUUCACUGCUGUAUCAAGCCUAUAUCCCUACCGUCGCCCGCGACAUCAUCUACGGCUGGGCUCGUGGACUGGCCAACACCUACCUGCAGGACACCAUUGCCCCGACCACCUUCACCCACAAGGCUAUGGUCUUCGGCCUGACCAUCUGGGUCUCCUGCAUCAUCUCAUCCCCUUGCAACGAGUGGCGAGGGUACACUCUGCAGCCCCCAGACAAGAAGCUGCCUUUCAACAUCUACUUCAAGCCCAUCAACUAUGCUCGAUCCACAGGAAUCGGCUCCUCCAUCAUGGGCAUUGCGCUGUGUUUUGGCAUGCUGGUUACACCUUACGCCGAGGAGGCUUUCGCGUACUUCAAGGAGCACACGGCCCUGGCUCUGGGCAUCGUUGCCGUGCUCAUCGUCGCGAUCGUGAUGGCCACCAA